AUUGUAAAACUUUACAUUUAUUUUCAGAAAUAACUUUGGAAUUACAAUUCGGUCUACGGAAAUACAUACAUAAAUAAAAAACCAACACAAACGAUCGUAACAUCUACUAGAAAGCGAUUCGUAGUGUAUGCAAAUUGUGGAAGAUGAACACAAUCGUUUUGGGGAUUCGCACUUAAUCGUCAGAGUUUCUAACGGAUUUUCUUUUAAUUGUCUCGCUGAAAAUGUCCAAGCAUUCCGAUAAUGACAACCUACGAAAUGACAUUUACGAAAAUCUGCCCUGCCAGGCAAUGUACAAUGAAGCUGUUCGCAAAAUACAACAACAGAAAUCUUCCCAAUCGACUACCAACGACACAGUCGCCGCAGCAGUGGCUAAUAAUCCACUGUCUCAACAACUUCUAUUAAAUAACAUCAGCAAUCAAAAUGCUGCCAAUUCCAAUCCCAGUACAAACGCCACCAGUUUGACAAGCAACGCCAAGCAACGCCAACAGCCUUCGCCCUUAUCCCUGCAGCAACAAACUAACAACAAACACUAUGCAACCAAUAAUAUGUCCAAAGAGAUGCUCUACGCUACACCGCUACGCAAAUCGGAUCGUUUUAAAAGCGGUGAACGCAUGCGCUUUAACAGUUCCGGCGCACGCCCACAUUCAGGCGGUAACAAUCAUGACGCUCACGAUACCAAGUUGUCCAACCUAAUGGAAUACAAACAACUCAAUUCGAAAGAUUUGUCCCGUUUGUGUAGCCGUAAUGGCAACGCCAUACCCGUUACCGAUCUCGAUGACGACAUGGCUUUGGAUGGCUGUUCGUCUAGUGCGCUGGUAGGCGGUUCACAUUACUCGAAUCAGCCUGCCUC